UAUACAUAGACACUUCCAUCUUUGGUGCCAUCCAAGACGGCGUCUUGGGUGCCAUGUGGUUGUCUAUACUUAGAUGUAGUCACGUGAUCGGAGGGGUAUCCUGGUCUGACGUAAAACAAGAUGGGCGCCUUACCUAAAAAUAGUCUGGCUGCAAGACUCAAGGACAAGGAGACGAGUGUGCCUGACAAGCUGAAACUGGCAAAGUUUGCUUGGAUCACACCCAGUCUCCACAUUCCCAACAAACAUCAGCAACUUUUGGACUUCACUUGUGGCCUCUUAGUCAAUCGGAAAAAGCACCACCUGACUGAUGCAGAUGCUGCUCUGGUGUGGGAGACACUACUCAAGUUCUUGAAAGGGACGGAGCGUUCUGUGACCAUCAAGCCCUCCAUCUUGCAGGUGAUCACUGAUUGUCUUGGACAAGAUUCAACCCCAAAGAAUAAAGACAGGGCAACGGACAAGGAGCAGCUAUUGGAAUGUAUUGUGGAGUGUACCAAACAGCUGAUGGAGUUUCCGUCUGUGACUUCAGCUCAUUUUGAGAGCCUGGUGUCCCUGCUAGCCAAAAUUCUCCAGUGUGUGUCCUGUCCCACGUCCAAUGUGCUUGUCCUCCUGACCCCUGCGGUGAGCGUAGUGAGCCGAGCACUGAGAGUCCACCUCCAGCAAGUCCUCGUCCUGCAACUGACCACAGACCGACUUCUGGCUCCGUUCCUCUCGCUGCUGGACGUCUUGCCUGACAUGGAGGACUUACAGGCCCUGAUUGUUUCUGCUCUGCUUCACCCCGACCACUCAGAGAUGUACAAAACCUUCCUGGAUGACUUUAGUAAUGGACAGGGGCCGGCUCAACUCAAGCACGGUCUCAAGUCUGUCUCCAAACUGUUUGAGACUGUCGCAGCAUUUCUGGCUCAGGGCAAGCAUUCUGUGGCCACCCAGUUCCUGCCUCAGUUGAUGAAACAUUUUGUCUGUCAGAACAAAGCGGAGCCCAGAGAGAGUUUUCUCCUACUAAAACACCUGGUGUCUCUUGUGGGUGACACUGACCCUCCUCGGCCAUCAUCCACUCCCACUCCCACCACUGCCCACACACUCCCGGCUGAUCUAUGGACAGAGACAGUGGCCAGGCUGGUGGAAGCCUGUGACGGCUGUGAGCUGUUUGCCACUGGUGCUGGUGGAAGUGUUGGAGGAGGGAAACAAAGUCAAGGUCAAGGUACCGUGGAUAUCCUGACCUGGUUUUGUCAGCUCAUGGAGGCUGUCGUCAAACAGGACAGGAAGCUGUCUUGGUUUUCUUUCAUGCGGUCAGUUUUGCAGCAGAAUCACUUGAUUGUGGAGAAAUACCUGACCCAGAUUCUGUCUUCAGGCCUGGUUCGAUCAAAUCAGAGUGAAAAGAGAGAAUGCUAUGGCCAGGACUUGUUUUUGUCAGAGCUGGUGUCCAUGUACCUGAGACUAAGGCGAACUCCGGAGUUGUUGUCUGCUCUUCUGUCUGCCACCGACCCCCACGUGGAAUGGGAGGGCGGGGCUGGUGACGUAAUGGGCAAUGCCAGUGACGGGAUGGGUGUGUUGCCAAAGUUUUAUCAGAGCCUGUGUUGGAUGUUCCGGAACGUUCCAAGCACGACCUUGUUGGAGCUGUGGGAGAUGCUGCAAAAGUCUCUAGUCAAACAGAUCUCGUCUUGUGUCUCUGCCGGUUCGAAGAAAGAAAAGAGUAGGGGUCUGAGUGAUUUGAGUUGGACCCUGAAACUGUACACAUUUCUUCUGGAGAAUUCGUCAGUGUUUGACCAGCGCACAGCUUCUGUGGUGAUGGACAAAGUGGUGGUGUUGGUGGGACGACUGGAGACGGAGGUUCUCAUUCCUUCCGCGAUGGAGGAUAGAAAGCUCUUUCAGGGAAUAAAAGAGCUCAUGGAACUUGUAUCUGUGUGGUCUCUGUUCAAAUCCAUGUUGAGUCCCAAAUGGAGGGAGACUUCUAGCUCAACCCCUGCAUCAGAGGGAAAGACGAAAGAGGAGAAGAAAUUGCGAGCUGGUUUGAGAAAAUUGUACAAGCAUGUUGACACCAGCACCAAGGUUCGUCUGUUGCUUCAGAGAGGAGAAAAGGCAUCUGCUGACCGCCCAGUCGCCCUGGCUGGACAGGACUUUGUGGUUGCCAUUGAGGAUUUUGUGUCUUCACAUCUGGAUGGUCAGAGGCUGACGUCAGAUACCGUUCAUGAGCUGUGGGAGGGAAAUAUAUCCUCGGUGUCUGAUCUCCGACAUCCAGCAAGUUUGUUCCGAGAAUUCACUCAGAUGCUUCCCCUAGUUGCGCGUGGCAUGUCUGAGACGUCAGUCGAUUCCUGUGCGCUAUUUAUUGUUCAGGUUAUGUCACACUCCCCUCACCAGCUGCCUUUCAGUGAGAGCGACACCUCGCUCUACAAAGAAGUGCAGACAUUUCUGCGACACCCUGAGGUGAAGGAGUGGAGAGUAUUCCAGGAAUGCUUGUCUUCCCGGCUGUGGACAGUUCUGUUGGCCGACCUUCACCUAUCUCAAAGCAGCUCUCCCCAAAAGAAAAGGCGGAAAGUGACAGGAGAGCGUGGCAGUGUGGAGACAGACUUGGAAAGACUCGUGAACUUUGUCACUUCGUCCCAUGCUGAGACUCUUGACAGCGUAAUUUCUUUGGAAGCCAUAAAAGUGGAGCGGAAAGUUUCCACCAGUAAACUCUCUCUGGUCAAAGUUGUGGAAGAGGUGCCAUUAGAGUACCUGGCCAGCGUCAACCUUAAAUGUCAGUUAGGCCUGCUCUGUGUGCUGAGUAACCUUCAGAUGUCUACGUCGGAAAGUUGGGCCGUCUCCUCUUUGAAAGAAUUGCUGGUGCGCAGUCUGUCCGUGAGCAACUUGUCUCAGCUGUUUCACUGUAUCCGCUCGCCAGAGUUGAUAGACUUUGCUGUCAAACUGACACCUCAGCUUGUCGCUCCCUUCAGAAAGUCUGCUCAAGUGGACACUGUCCAGGUGCUCACGACCGCUCUCAUUGUCCGGAACUGUCACAAGUAUCUGUCCCACCACGUACCAGAACUGAGGUCAACAGCGGUGGACAUUGUGUUUACGGUGGCCAAGGCCGUGGUCACUCAUGUACAGAUGUGGGAGGAGACUGACGGAGAGGAGAUGGGGAAGAAGAAGGAGAAAAAGAAAAGCAACCGUAAGAGAAAGUCCCUGUCUUCCGAUACGAGCGAGGCUAUGUCAACGACCGGGUGUGUGGCAGGUGUGCCGGAAGGGUCGACGGCAUGGAUGGGCGCUCUGGUGUGUCUGGGAGAGGUGGUGUCUGUGUGGUCGCCGAGAGCCGCAGACCGAGCAGCCAAUCAGAGUCUGGAAGCGGUGCUGAAGAAAAUGAUCGCGUCUGUCCUGAAACAGCUGAAGGGCUAUCAGUCUGACAAACAGACACAAGAUGCCCACCUGAGAUUCCUGCAUCAGUGUUGUCACUGUCACAUGAGAUGUCAGCAGGCAACGACACAGCAAGAUCUAACGGCUGAUUCGUCACCUGCACCUUGUGGUCAAACUAACCCUGACUCAGGCGAUAUCUUCAGUCUUUUCAUGACCUCUGACCUCUGUGAAAUGUGGAGGUCGCUGCUCUCUGUUGCUCAGAGGGAAAUGUCGCGGGUUAUUGCAGAAGUAGAUGGUGGAGGUGUUAGUAAGAAUGACGGUGUUAAUGGGGGUGAUGGUAGCGGGUGUGGGUAUGAGAACGAGAGAACAACAGAGGAUGAGAAAUCGAGGGUGGUGGGGAAGGAGAAGAGGAGGGAGGAGGGGAUGUGUCUAGAUUUUAAUGAUAAUGACAGGGGUAUGAAGAAGGUUACCGGGGUGGUGGGGGAGGGUAGGGAGGGGUGUGUUCAGGGCGUUGGGGGAGAAGGGGAUGGGGAUGGUGGUGUUCCGGAAGUUUCCCUAGACGUUCUGAGUGAGUGGCCGACACGUAUGACCCUGUGGCUGGAUCUGCUCACGGGCAUCAUGGAGACUAGUGACCCUGACCUGUUCUCUCAGCUGUUGGAGGAUUUGGUCUCUCAGUUGAGUCCAGCUGGUCAAGUGCCGGAGCCUGUGGUGUACCUGCUGUGUGCUGUGUGGCAGCGACUGACCACAUCCCCACACCUCACGCCGGCGCUCACUCACCUCUUUUUCUCCCACAUGUACCAGUCUCUAUCUGCACUGCUGUCACUACUGGAACAUUUCGAGUCCCUCAAGGAUUCGAACUCACAGACAGACACGUAUGUCUCGCACAAACGUCGACCUGUGCGGAGCGUGUCUAGAUUUCUCAUUGAGGCAGUGACUGAUUUUGUCCACUUAGGGAAAAGCGUGGUGACCCCUCGUAUGACCUUGCUGUGCCUGCAUGCGGGCAUGACCUUCACCUUGGCCUCGGCAGCAGACGUGAUGAGUAUUUACCGACUGUUGAACACGACCCUGGUCUAUCACACCAACAGUGCGCUGAGCGCCAUACCAGCCGUUCUACAUCUCCUCAACAAUAUCCUUUUUGCGCUGGGCUACAAUAAGAACACUUGUUUGUCAUGA